CCGCCGCCGCCGCCGCCGCUCCCCCCCGUUUCUGCUCUGGAGGCCGAGCCUCGCCUUGAGCCCGGCGCGGCUCGCUCACCGCCCCUUUCAGGGCCAACCGCUGGCCCCUCCACCACUCCCGCCCCUGCCCGGGGGCGUCCGCCGCGCGCCCCGCCUCACUGAGGGCAGACGCACCGGGCGCACGGGCGUCCUCAGCCCCGCCCCCGCGGCUCAGCGCGGGCGCCGGAACCGCCUGUCUCGCCCGGCCUCUCGGCGGCGCGCCCUGACUCCGCCAUGCGGGUUGAGGGCACGCAGCGAGGACGCACGCCCGGCGCGCGGGCGGUUCCUCUCGGCCCCGGAUGUGACUUUUCGGCGGCGGCGCCUCGUGCGGUACGCUCGACGGGAUUGGGCGCCCGCGGAUGAGGUCAUCACCGGGCGCCGAGCGGGGAGCGCAGGGUCUUCUCGGCCAUUAUGGCAGUCAAGUGGACUGGUGGACAUACUUCUCCUAUUCUCUGCCUGAAUGCAAAUCAAGAAGGCCUAGUGGCUUCUGGAGCAGAGUGUGGAGAUCUCAUGGCUUGGGGUGAAGAUGGCACUCCAUUAGGACACACACGGUUCCAAGGGACUGAUGAUGUUGCCAGUGUUUUAUUUUCUCCCUCCUGCCCCACUAAGCUAUAUGCUUCACAUGGAGAAACCAUUAGCAUACUGGAUGUCAGGUUCCUCAAAGGUUCCCUGGACCAUUUUCAUGUGAAUGAAGAAGAAAUCAAUUGUCUUUCAUUGAAUGAAACUGACAACCUACUUGCUUCUGCUGAUGACUCUGGGGCAAUCAAAAUCCUAGACUUGGAAAAUAAGAAAGUUAGCAGAUCCCUGAAGAGACAUUCCAAUAUCUGUUCCUCUGUGGCUUUUCGACCUCAUAGGCCUCAGAGUCUGGUGUCAUGUGGACUGGAUAUGCAGGUGAUGCUGUGGAAUCUUCAAAAAGCCCGGCCACUCUGGAUUACAAAUUUACAGGAAGAUGAAACAGAAGAAAUGGAGGGCCCACAGUCACCUGGUCAGCUCUUAAACCCUGCCCUAGCCCACUCUCUCUCCGUGGCAUCAUGUGGCAACAUUUUUAGUUGUGGUGCUGAAGAUGGUAAGGUUCGAAUCUUCCGGGUGAUGGGAGUCAAGUGUGAGCAAGAACUGGGAUUUAAGAGCCACACUUCAGGAGUGUCCCAGGUCUGCUUUCUGCCGGAAACCUAUUUGCUGCUCACUGGGGGGAAUGAUGGGAAGAUAAUGUUGUGGAAUGUGAGCAGUGAAAUUGAGAGAAAACAGAAAAGUCCUAUAAAACAUACCCGCAGAAAGAAAGCUAAGAGAGAAACUUACACCAAGCAAGUUGGAAAUACUAAGCCUUCAUUAACAGAUGAGGAAGAGCAUGGCAAUAUUUUACCAAAGCUAAAUCUUGAACAUGGAGAAAAGGUGAACUGGCUCUUGGGUACAAAAAUAAAGGGACACCAAAAAAUAUUAGUAGCUGAUCAAACUAGUUGUAUAUCCAUAUAUCCCCUAAAUGAAUUUUUAAUCUAAUAAAAACAUUUGAAAAACUG